UUAGUUUCUUCAUUCAGUUCAUUGGAUGCCAUGAUUUUGUUCUUUGAUACACUGUUAAAGCUCACUGUUUUUGGUUUUGUUUUUCAAAUUUAAGCUCUCGAUUUUCGUGUUCGGCCUUUGUUUAGAUGGGAAGCUUGAUGCUUCAAAGAUUAAUUUACUGAGUUUGAUCCUUGCCACUAACGGUUGGAACUCCGACAGCACUGCGCUUCAAGUGGUCUUACUAGAGCUUGAAUUUAUAGUACUUUUCCCCCUUUAAGGUUUAAAGGGGUCAGAUACUACUAUCUACUUAAUUUUUCUUUCAAGUGGAGUCAUCAUAUUCUCCACAUAUUCUUUAAAGUUUGACAUGCGGAAUUUGUGAGCGGUUUUCUGGACUUCUUUCUCAUGGGUAUAGCUUUUCUGUCUCAUUGAGUGAGUUGAGAGUAUUUAUUUCGGUGAGGUCUGGCUGGCUACAUAAACUCUGGCCACCAAAGGGUGGUGGCUUCGAUGGCAUCUUCUCGUCUGACAGGAGGAUUAGCUCAGUCUCCAUCGAGUUCUGGGAUUUUCUACCAAGGAGAAGGGCAGUCCCCAGCCAUUGUCAAUUCUCAUUUGAGCCAAUCAUUUGCAAAUUCAUCAAAUUCAAUUCCAGGAACUGGAUGUUCUGAUUUUGGUCCUGUUUCCGGAGACAUGAACAAUGCAGUUUUAGAUAGUGUGGCUAAUUCAGGACCCAGUGUGGGUGCAAGUUCUUUAGUUACAGAUGCGAACUCCGCCCUUUCAGGGGGUCCACAUUUGCAAAGGAGUGCAAGCAUCAAUACAGAGUCAUACAUGCGCUUGCCCGCAUCGCCUAUGUCAUUCAAUUCAAAUAACAUUAGUGUGUCAGGGUCCUCAGUUAUAGAUGGAUCCUGCGUUGUGCAGCAAAAUUCUCAACAGGACCAAAAUAUCCAACACAUGCAGCAACAGGCACAGCAAGGUGCUUCACAUGCCACAUCCUUACCAACACCACAAAUAGGCCAAGCAUCACUUCCGAUGGGCACUAAACAUCAGGGAUCUUUCAUUCCAGAUCCAAAUAGUUAUUCCCAGGUGCAGAAAAAACCACGACUGGAUUUAAAGCCGGAAGAUGUGCUGCAACAGCAAGUUUUGCAGCAGCUAUUUCAGAGACAAGAUUCCAUGCAGUCACGUAACUCACAGUUACAAGCUUUAUUUCAGCAGCAAAGAAUGCGGCAGCAGCAGCAGAUUUUGCAGUCUCUACCUCAAUACAGGGCUCAGUUUCAGCAACAGCAGCAGAUACAGUUGAGGCAACAAAUGCAACAGCAGGCUAUGCAACCUGUAUCACCCAUAAAGCGGCCCCCAUAUGAUGCUGGUGGUGUUUGUGCUCGCCGGCUGAUGCAAUAUUUAUACCAUCAGCGGCAAAGACCUCCUGAGAAUAGUAUAGCCUACUGGAGAAAGUUCGUAGCAGAGUAUUACUCUCCUCGUGCAAAGAAAAGAUGGUGCUUGUCAUUGUAUGAGAAUGUUGGCCACCAUGCUCUUGGCGUGUUUCCCCAGGCAGCUAUGGAUGCGUGGCAAUGCGACAUCUGCGGUUCUAAAUCAGGAAGGGGAUUUGAGGCUACAUUUGAAGUACUCCCAAGACUCAGCGAGAUCAAAUUUGGAAGUGGAGUUAUUGAUGAGCUUUUAUUUCUGGACCUUCCUCAAGAAAGGAGAUUUGCUUCUGGAAUUAUGAUGUUAGAAUAUGGAAAAGCAAUUCAAGAGAGUGUAUACGAGCAACUUCGUGUCAUUCGUGAGGGUCAGCUUCGUAUCGUAUUCACACAAGACUUGAAGAUUUUGUGUUGGGAAUUUUGCGCUCGGCGUCAUGAAGAACUUCUUCCACGGAGGUUGGUUGCACCUCAGGUAAAUCAGCUGGUACAGGUUGCCCAGAAAUGCCAAAGCACAAUAGCUGAAAGUGGGCCUGAUGGUGUUUCUCAGAAAGAUUUGCAGACAAAUAGCAAUAUGGUACUGACGGCUGGUCGUCAGCUUGCUAAGAGUCUGGAGUUGCAAUUGCUGAAUGACUUGGGUUUCUCUAAAAGAUACGUCAGGUGUUUGCAGAUAUCGGAGGUUGUCAACAGUAUGAAAGAUCUGAUUGGUUUCUGCCGGGAUCAAAAAGUUGGGCCUAUUGAGGGCUUGAAGAAUUAUCCUAGACAUGCCACUGCAGCCAAGCUCCAAAUGCAAAAAAUGCAGGAGAUGGAACAGUUGGUGAGUAUUCAAGGUCUUCCCACAGACCGCAACACAAUUAAUAAGCUGAUGACAUUGCAUCCUGAACUUGAUAACCAUGGGAUGAACAACCAUCAGAUGAUUGGUCGAGGAGGUUUCAGUGGUUCAGCACAAGCUGCUUUGGCAAUGACCACAUACCAGAAUAUUCUCAUGAGACAGAACUCUAUGAACUCCAACCCCAGCCCACAUCAACAGGAGGCCUCCUCUUCUUUCAAUACCUCUAACUAUAAUCCAUCCCCUACACUUCAGGGGUCUACAUCCCUGAUACCUGGCUCAGUGCAGACCUCCUCUGUUGGUGGUUAUCCAGGCAGCCAGCAACCCUUGCAAAAGCAAUCGCAGCCGCCGCUGCAACAGCAUCCGCCAAAUACUGGAACCUUGGUCCAACAAAAUCAUCCUCAGAUGAUGCAAGGUAGCCAGGCCCUACAACAACAGAUGAUCCAGCAACUAUUGCAGAUGUCAAAUAACAGUAAAAGUGGCAGUUUACAACAGCAACCCCUUACUGGACCAAAUGCAAAUAGAAGUAUACCAAGAAGGGGUAUGGCUUAUGUAGGCAACACUUCUGUACCAGCUGGGGUAUCUGGAAAUCUAUCUGGUAGCAACGUCCCUGGUCCAAGUAGGAGCAAUAGCUUCAAAGCUGCUUCAAAUAGCGAAUCCUCUGCUGGUAACAGUGGAUUCGAUCAAAAGGCUUCUGAUUUGCCACAACUACAUUUUCCCGAGAGUUUGGUUGAAGAUAUAGGCCAAGAUUUCCCUGAAAGCGGGUUUAUUAACAAUGAGCUUGAUGAGCAUUUGGGUUAUGUGUGGAAGGCUUGACUAACAUAGUAUAGCCACAAUAUCGGCUACCUUGCCCAAAUUGUGGUGGAGAAAUGUGUACAGGAUGAUAAAUCUGAAGUAGUUGGGUCCUUUUUUCCCCUCUUUUUCCCCUUGCAAUCUGACUUUGUUGCGUAUCAUACCAUUAAACCUUUGAUUUGAACGCCUUUGGGGAGCAUGAUUUGAACGCCUUUGAGGAAUGCUCCCCGAUCUGUGGAGUUGCUCUCUGUUUAACAUCUCAACGAAUUAGCACUUUUUUUGGGUUUUCCGUUCCAUGGUCCCAAGUUUAGUCAUAGUUGACAUGGGAAAUAUAGAAACCUUGGUUUCUUGUUUAGGGUAUAGGGUCUAGCGACUACUCAGUUUCUUUUGUUAUUUUAUUUUUAUUUUUAUCUUAUAUCCCUAAUUUCAACAUGACAUGAAUGAUGCUUUUUCAAUUGAAAA